AUGGAGCCCUGGAACUCCACCUUGGCAAGUGGCUUCAUCUUGGUGGGGAUUCUGGAUGGCAGUGGCUCUCCUGGACUGCUCUGUGCUACAGUUGCUGCCCUGUACAUGUUGGCACUGAUCAGCAAUGGAAUGCUGAUCCUGGUCAUCACUAUGGAUAUCUACCUCCAUGUUCCUAUGUACCUCUUGCUUGGGCAGCUCUCGCUCAUGGACCUUCUCCUCACCUCAGUUAUCAGUCCCAAAGCUGUCAUGGACUUUCUGCUCAAAGACAACACCAUCACCUUUGGUGGUUGUGCCCUUCAGAUGUUCUUGGAACUGGCCCUGGGUAGUGCAGAGGACCUCCUGGCCUUCAUGGCUUAUGACAGGUAUGUGGCUAUUUGUCAUCCAUUGAACUACAUGAUCUACAUGAGGCCAAGCAUCUGCUGGCUUAUGGUGGCUAUCUCCUGGAUUCCAGCUUCUCUGAGUGCCCUUGGGUAUACCAUCUACACUAUGCAGUAUCCCUUCUGCAAAUCCAGGCAGAUUAGACACCUUUUCUGUGAGAUUCCUCCAUUGCUGAAGCUGGCCUGUGCAGACACCUCCAGAUAUGAACUCAUGGUUUAUUUGAUGGGUGUGACCUUACUCAUUCCUCCUCUUGCUGCCAUCCUGGCCUCCUACUCACUAAUUCUGUUCACUGUGCUUAAAAUGCCCUCAAAUGAAGGCAGAAAGAAAGCCCUUAUUACCUGCUCUUCCCACCUGACUGUUGUUGGGAUGUACUAUGGGCCUCUUACAGUCAUGUACAUCUUGCCAAGUUCCUACCACAGUUCCAAACAAGAAAACAUCCUCUCUUUUUUGUACACAAUUGUAACCCCAGCUCUGAAUCCUCUAAUUUACAGUCUAAGAAAUAAAGAGGUCAGUGGGGCUUUGAAGAGAGUCUUAGGAAAACGGUUGUUGUCAACACACCCUAACUUCUAG